AUGGCACAGUUUGAUCCGUCGUCUGCCGACCGUGCUCGCACGGGAAUUGCGAAUUUUGAGAGAACAAUUGAAGCUUUGGGCAACAGAUCUGCCUCACCAGUCCCGACAGCAUCCUCGCAAAAGACAGGCGGCUCAAAUAAGUCCAGUCACAAACACUCGACCCGAAGAGAACCUAGUGACGGAAUACAAAAACGAGUGCGAUUUGACCUGGUUUCGAAAGACACGUCUAGAAGCGUUGCACAUUCCAACAGAUCUGUACAGUCAAGAUCUAGUACGGGUCGGUUACUCAGGCGAGACGCCAAAUGGGACGACCAAGAAAGGAAUGGCAGUAACAGAAAAUGUACUGCCAAGGGCAAUGAAGAUUUCGAUAGUGAUAUCCAAGACCUUAAAAGAGAGAUGGCAAACGUCAAAGAGGGACUGAAAUCAGUCAAAGUGUGUAAGCCGGAUGACUGGAUUUAA